AUGAGUUUCGGCCUCGAGAUUGACUUCUUAGCCGUGGCCGGGCUUGUAAAACAGAUACGCAAGAGUUUUGUUGGCGCCCCGGAGCAGUUCAAGGCCAUUUCUGAUGAUAUUCGAGCAUUUUCCAUCAUUUUGCAUGACAUCGAGGUCAACUGUACCGAACUUGGCCCGGAGCAGUCUCAAGAAUACCAGAGCGUCGUUGCCAGCUGCAAGCGUCUACUUGUGCAGCUUAAAAGGACUUUGGAGGAAUACUCCGGUGUUGCGAAAGGCGACAAAACUGGGAAAAGGACGGCCAUCAAAAGAGUCUGGAACCGGCUCAAAUGGGAACCCGACGACAUCCGUGACAUACGCAGCCAAAUAUCCGUCAAGAUAGACACCUUGAGAAGCCUCAACGAUCAAGUUACCAGCCACAACAUCGUAAAGCUUAUCCGUCACCAGGAAAAUACGGAACGUGAAGCUACGAUUAAAUGGAUCAGCGACAUCAACUAUAUUGCGCAACAAAAUGAUAUCUUUCUACGUUGCCAGACAGGCUCUCGAAAGUGGUUAUUUGAAUCCGAAAUAUACUUGGAAUGGCUCAGGCGGAAAGGCAGCCUCCUCUUUUGCCCCGGAAACGCUGGCACAGGAAAGACCUUUACGACGGCGAUGGUGGUCGAGAGUUUGCGGCUUGCGAAUGAUGCUGAAACUUUGACGACUUACAUGUACUGCUCUUACCAGAAUCACACCCAAACUAUAGAGAAGCUGCUCUGCAGUCUUUUACGAGUUGCAUUCGAAGAGGCAGAUUACGAGGCAGAUGGAGCUGUUUCCGCCUGCAAGCAGUUGCGGUUGUCUAACAAAUCCAUUUCUCGACAGCACUGCUUAACCCUACUCCAAGGCCUCUUUUCUAGAUUUACGAGGGUCAAUUUGAUAGUGGAUGCACUAGAUGAACUUCCAAAUGAAGUCCGACGACCGCUCAUAUACGACCUUCUUAAGCUCCAUGAGCAUCCCAACGUCAGCCUUUUUGUGACUUCACGUGGUAUUCCCGAGAUUCAACACUUCUUCGAGGACUGUGAAAACUAUACCUCUCUGGAAGUGAGGUCAAGCGACGAGGAUAUCCGGGAUUUCUUGCGAGACAACAUUUUCCAACUACCGAAUUUUGUUGCUCGGUCUCAGAAGCUGCAAGAUGAAGUGAUCGACUCGGUUACAGACGCAAGUGCCGGCAUGUUUCUACUUGCCGAGCUAUACCUGAAAUCUUUAGCCAACAUAAUACUAGUAGGCAGUCUUCGUACACGGCUUUCCAAUUUGGCAACUGGUUCGAAUACAUACGAUACUUUAUAUGAAGGUUCCAUGCUCCGAAUUGGAUUUCAAGGGCCCGAAUUGGAGCAUAUUGCUAUACAGAUGCUUCUGGUUCUAACAUGCGCCAGGCGCCCUCUUUCAUCCCAGGAGCUUAGCCAUGCACUGUCUAUUGACGAGAGCAGUGAGGAUUUUGAUGAAGACAUGAUUCCAGACAUGGAUGAUCUGGUCGCCGCGUGUACCGGACUCGUUGUAUUAGAUGACACGAGCCACAUCGUGCAUCUGGUGCACAAAUCAGCCUCAGAAUAUUUCGAGCGCACAAGAACCCGCUGGUUUCCAAGUGCGAAUGAGAAAAUGGCAUUUAUAUGCCUUCGAUACCUUCAAAUUGCUGAAAAAGAGCCAGAAGAAACCAGAGGAGACAAGGCCCCCUUCUUCUACUAUGCCAAGGCAAAUUGGUGUUACCACUCUAUGGAGAACUGGCAGUUAUUCAGCUCUCUAUCCAGCAAAUGA